AUGUUGAAUGAAACUAAAUACGACGCACUUCUUGGACUUAUCAGUUACGAACUCUGCCAACUGAUUCUAACAAUAAAUCGUGCCUCCAUCAUUCCCGUCCUCUCUUUGAUUGGUCUCGGUGGAAACAUCAUCAGCAUCAUUAUCUUCAUGACACAAGAAUUCCACGACACGGUCAACAUUAGCCUUUUGGCUUUGACCGUCAGUGACAUGGGGACGCUGCUGAGCAAUCUCAUCAUCGCUAUCUUCAACAAUCCCAUCUUACUCGGUUCAGAAAUUUUAAUUGAGCCAAAAGAUUUUAUGAACGCAGUUGGUGGGUUGCCCAUCGCCUCCUUCAGCAAGAUCACCAGCUGGAUAACGGCUUACAUCACAUUCGAAAGAUGUCUGUGCGUUGUGGUCCCAUUGAGAGUCAAGAGAUUGGUCACUCCUAAACUCGUUGUUUUCAUAAUGGUUUCAAUCUACGUGAUGAUGUUUGCAACCCUCAUACCCGAGUACAUGACCUUCUAUUUAGAUUGGAAAUAUUUUCCCGACAGAAACAAAACUCUGAUUGGUAUGGUGCCAAGAAGGUACAGCGAGGCUGCAAGGGGGGUAACAUUUAAAAUUAUCACAUUUAGUCAGUUUCUUUCGAUACCAUUUAUUAUACUUUUCACGGUUAUUCUGACUGCAAAGCUACGACAAAAAUCAAAAUGGCGCGUUAAAACUACUUCCUGCGCGGACCGUGCGUUGAAAAACAUGAAUAAGAAAGAUUCCAAGGCAAUUAAAAUGAUAACGGCUAUCGCAUUCAUCCACAUCCUUUGUUAUUUGCCGACUUACAUUGGUUUGCUCAUCGUCGUCACGGUUCCAGAAUUUUCCAUUGUCGGAUUUUACAAGAACUCGUUUGUAGUAGAAUUUUCUUUCUCUGGCUUGUUCGAAGCCGUGAACUCGUCACUAGGUAUUUUCUUGUAUUACAGAAUGAGCACGAAGUACAGGCGCAUAUUUAACGUUAUUUUUAAACAAAAGAAG